CGGGUGGCCUGAAUCAUGCGCCCGCUCGCCAAAGGCGGGGGGCCCUGCGGACAAUCCAAAGCUGUACAAGCCGCCGGCCAAGGAGGAGCUCAGCCAGCAGGCGCGCAUUGCGCAGAACAUGGGCGGCGCCGCCGCGGUGCAGCUUGACGGCCCCGUGUCGCUGGUGCAGGUGUCCCAGCACGACACCCCAGAGCCGCCACCUGAGACGUGGGGCGCCUACUCCAAGUCUGGGCAAGAGUCGACCGGCGUGAUCCAGAUGAUCGACCUGCUGGUCAAGGACCUGGACAAGGAGAUCACGGAGGCCGAGGUAGAGGAAAAGAAUUCCCAGAAGGAGUACGAACAGAUGAUGAGCGACUCCGCCAGCAAGAGGGCCGCGGACAUGAAAGCCGUGGGGGAAAAGACGCGGGAGAAGGCUCUCAAGGAGGAGUCCAUGCAGGUGUAUACUGGCGUUCUCAAGACUGCACAGAAGGACCUGAUGAUCACCAAGCAGUACGAGAUGAAUUUGCACUCGGAAUGCGAUUGGCUACGCGGUGUCGGAUUCUUCGACGUCCGCAGGGAGGCCCGAGCGCAGGAGGUCGACAACCUCAAGGCGGCCAAGGCCAUCCUCUCCGGCGCGGACUACUCCCUGCUGCAGGGCAGCUCCGCUGGCUCCCCGUCCACGGUGUCUUCCCGCCGCCUGCGCCACUGA